CCGGAGCUUCGUAGUCAGUCAUGCUGAGCGAGGAUGGGAGCGGGCGGGGCGCGCGGCGGUCGCGGGUGGACGGCGGUGUGCGCAGCGGGCCGCGGGCGGCUGCAGCGAGCGCCUCCAGGGCAGGCCGCGCUCCCGACGGCAGGAGGCGGCGCCGCGGCCUCCGAGCGGGUGACAGAGUCGGGCCGGGCGGGGGCAGCCCGAGGGCGGCGCCGGCCAACCGCGUCGCUGGCUUCCGCGCACGCAGCCUGGCGCGGCGACACGCGCACACCCGCGGCCGAUCGGGGGAGGGAGCGGAGCCCGCCGAGCGCCAGAUCCCCGCGCGCUGCGAGUCGCCAGGGCAGGGAUUGUUGCAGUGUUCUGCCCAGGUUUUCCAGUGUCAUCCACCCCAGGAUCGUCUUGACAACUCUCUAGCUAACAAGGUAACAAGGAGCGGAGGUAACAAGAAGCGGGCCUGGUUUCCUUUAAACAGGUCACGCCUCCCAGUAACCAUUUGUAGCAGUCGAUUGUAAGAAUAGAAGCCUUGGGAUUGGCUAGGAGUGGACUCUGUGCCUACUCUGGCGGUCCUCAGUAGCAUUCCAGAGUCCGUGACCAUUUGACUGGUGACUCCUUGGAGAACGUGUAUCUCUUUAGAAAUGGUAAGAUUUCUGAUGGUUGGCGGAGUUGUUUAUCUAAUUUGUUUUCCGGUGAUCCUGUCUCCCCUUGCACUGCAUCAUUUCCUUUGAGGUUGUAUUGGGACCUGAACAGUUUUCCAUUCAUCCUUUUCUUCCAUCUCCAUUCCUCAUAUUUAUGCCUUUAGCAGACAGUACAACACAUGGAAUCCAUUUAACUCUAACAGAAACAUUUAACCCAUUCUGCUAGAAUAUAGGACCAUUUCGAGGUACCUAAUACAUUGCUAAGGUCAUACAGCAGAGUUCUCCAUACAGGCAUCUUUUAUAAGCUCCUUUCUCAAAGUUUAAGUUCUUCAUAGUCCGUGUACUGCUUUGUUUGGAAGCAGGCAGCGUUCAUGAGAAAGUCAAACAGUGUGCUCUUCAAGUAUAUGUGCAUAUUUGUGUGCAUUUUCUGGUUAAUCUGUCUGACUCCUGCGAUGUGGCUGUGGAGGUGGGGUGUAUAAGAAGUAUACCUUUUGAACGAAUAUGAUUGUGAUUGUUAAAUGUUCUUUUGUGAGCAUAACUGCUAUAUAUUUUACUAUUUUUAUUAUUAUAUAACAAAACAAGACACUCAGAAGGGAGGUGAUAGGAAAGUUGAUGCUGCAUUUUUUUUCUUGUGUGGUUUAUGGCAAAUCCAUAUUAAACAUUCAUUAGCAUAAAAUGUGAGGGUGUAUAUGUGUUUGUGAUGUCUGUGUUCAUAUGUGGGGCUGCAGAUAUGCGUUUUCCAUACCUCUCUGUGGGUCCUCUCUGCCCACCUUGUUGGAACAUAAUGCCU